AUGUCUGCCCACUCAGACGCAGAUGAUCAUGAUCCGCAGGCUGAUGAGCUGCGCGAGACAGCCCUCGUCACCUUAGAGGCCUUGCUCAGCUCUUGCAACCAGCAAAUGCAGCCAUAUAUUCAAAAUUCUGGCCAGGCUGCCCUUCGAUUUUUGAAAUACGAUCCAAAUGUGGCUGAGAUGGAGGAUGACGAAGAGAUGGGCGGCACUCAAGACAACGGCGACGACGAUGGUCUCGCGUCGGAUAUGGACGACGAUGAAUUCGGUGACUUCGAAGAGGAGGACGGAUACAGCGAUAUUGACGAUAUGAGCUGGAAAGUUCGCCGGUGCGCCGCGAAACUCUUAUUCACUCUGAUUUCUGCCUACGGUCGCAGCCGUGCCCUCGACGACAAGACCCUUUACCAGCAAAUUGCACCAGCUUUGAUUGCCAGAAUCAGCCGCGAGCGGGAGGAGAGUGUGAAAAUGGAAGUGAUUUCGACUUUGACAGCGUUGGUACAGAAGACAAGUGAGGGAUCCGUUAUCCUCACCUCAAACGGAUUCAAGGAGGCUGUGGGCGGUUCGAAAAAUACACGCAAGCGCCGACGUCAAGACAGUGAUGCCAGCAUGGUGGACUUUGAGCCUAGCGGCAGCACUUCGCCUGCCAUUGACUCUCCCCUUGUUCCAUCUUCGCCCAAAUCUGGCCCUCAGGCCGAUCUUGCGCGAUCAGUGCCAUUGAUUGUUCAGAGCUCAGUGAAAGCCUGGAAGCAGGCCUCUAUGCCCUUACGUCAGGCCAUAAUUGUACUCUUGAAGAGUCUCGCUUUGGUCCGCUAUGGAGGUCUUGCUGAUCAUCUCAAAGAAAUCCAGUCCCUGGUUGCGGAUGCCUUGAGGACUUCGGCUCAGGUCGGCAGCUCCGCCGCUCACUCUGGCGCCGCUGUCAGCGCUGGCUCCCUACAAAUCGAAACCCUGGGUCUAAUUUCUGCAAUUGCUGAGACCCAUCAGUCAGACUCCCUCUUGUCGUUCUUGGUCGCCCUUGUUCCUGGUGUCGUUGGAACCGUCACUGAGCGCAAUUACAAGGUCAGCAGUGAGGCCCUGGGAACUGUGGAGCAGAUCGCCAAGGCAAUGGCUCCUCCUCGCGCGUCCGCAGCUACGCCGGAAAUUGCUCAGCACGUGAAGCAGCUUUAUGACAUCGUCUUAGCUCGUAUCACCGACACCAGUGCGGACUUGGAAGUCCGCCAGCGAGCCAUUCAUGUCUUUGGCGUUAUUCUGGCUCUGACUUCGGGUGAGCAAGGUGCUGGGUAUCUUGGUGCCGACCAACGGACAAAGGGCCUCACUGUACUGGUCGAUCGUGUCAAGAAUGAGACCACUCGCUUAGCUGCUGUGCGCGCCAUUGACGACGUGGUGGUGCUUGCUGCUCAGCCAGCAGAUGCUAGCGCCGAAUGGGUGAACGAAAUUGCCCUUGAGCUGGGAUCGAAUCUGAGAAAAUCCGACCGAGCCUUGCGAGGGUCUUGUUUGGAGGCACUCCGUAGUGUGGCCACGAACGCUAGUAUUCGAUCCCAGUUAAGCCCAGAUACCAUGAGUACGCUUGAGGGUGCCCUUCUUCCUCUGAUGAAUGCCCCCGAUUUCCACCUUCUCACGCCAACAUUGAUCAUCAUGGCCAAGAUCGUACCGGGAAACGCGAAGUUGCUCGUCAAUGACAAUCUCAUCGUCUCUAUCUGCUCGAUUGUGAAACAACCUCUUGUCGGAACCGUUCUCAAAGCGCUUCUUCUCCUGGUCAAGGUCAUCGGAGACGAAGGUGCGGGUGCUCAAUUGAUGCAAAAUCUUCUGCAAAACGUUGGCAUCACGGGGGACCCCUCAGUGGUGGGUCGGGCUGUAGGCACUCUUCUGGUUCACGGUGGAUCGAAUUUGGGUGUCAGUAUGGAGGACUUUUCAAAUGAACUACAAACCGCAAAAGAUGACAGUCGCAAGUGUCUUGCUCUUGCGAUCCUGGGAGAGAUUGGAUUGCGCAUGGGAGCUGACUGUGCGCUCACCCCGGACAUCUUCAUUGCCCACUUCAAUUCCAGCUCGGAUCAUGUUCGCCUCGCUGCGGCGACGGGUCUUGGAAACGCGGCUGCUGGCAGUGUCAAAACCUAUCUACCUAUUGUUAUGGACGGCCUUCAAAAGUCUAAUGCGCAGAGCUACCUGCUGCUCCACUCGGUGCGAGAACUGCUUCAGCAUCCGGAAGUCGUCCGCCCAGACCUGGCCCCUGCGGCGCACAAGCUUUGGCAGGCGCUUCUGGUCGUUUCGGAGGAAGAAGACAACCGCGCGGUUGGGGCUGAGUGCCUAGGUCGGUUGGCCUUGAUCGACCCGGUCAACCACAUUCCACACUUCCAAACGUGCCUUGAUGGUUCCGACCCUAUUGUGCGUAGUGUGGCUAUUUCGGCGUUCCGCUUCACGCUCGCCGACGCCAGCGAUGCCUACAAUGACGUUCUACGACCUCUCAUGGCGCCUUUACUCAGCAAGAUGCUCGGGGAUGAGGAUCUAGGCAACCAUCGUUUGGCAUUGACGACGCUGAACUCUGCCAUUCAUAACAAGAUGAACCUGCUUCUUCCUCACCUGAACGACCUACUUCCAUCCGUGUUCCACGACACUACUGUUAGGUCCGAGUUGAUCCGCGAGGUGCAAAUGGGACCGUUCAAGCACAAAGUGGAUGACGGUCUCGAUUUGCGAAAGAGCGCCUACGAAACCCUGUACGCGUCUCUCGACACCGCGUUCGCGCGCAGCCACAUUUCAGAUAUCUUUGAUCGGGUCAUCGCCGGUAUCGAGGAUGAGCAAGACAUUCGAGCGAUCUGCAAUCUCAUGACCUCCAAGCUGAUUGUGAUUGUGCCAGAGGAGACCCAGCGUCGGCUCGACGCGUUCUCCGAGCGCUACACAACCGUUCUCUCUUUCAAGCCGAAGGAUAAUGCAGUCAAACAAGAGUUGGAAAAGGCGAACGAGGCGUCGCUGGGGAUUCUCAAGGUCACCAAGGAACUCAGUAAGGCAUUCCCCGGUGCGGAAACAUCAGGCGAACUCCACAAGUGGAAGGGGUACAUGGAAUGGGUCCGCAAGAACUUUGCUUCGCAAUGGCAAUCCUUGGACUCUGAUUACUAG